AUGAACAUGAACGAUGAUGAAACGAUCAAUGCAAGAAUCAGGCAGUCGUUCGAAACGUUGGAUGAUGUGGGCGCUAACAUUGAGAGAGUGGAACGCUUUCUGGAUGCCUCAUUCUCAGGUCGACUUGCUCUGUCCUCGAAAUAUGAACAGCGCUCAACAACAGUGCCAUCGGAACACCCCUUCUCCAACGAAAACCUCGGAAAAUGCGGCACCACAUGGAAGGUUCGUUUUUACCGUAGCUUGUGUCCUUUGCAGUAA